UUUGAGGCAUCACAGCCUGAUAGUCAAAAUGAAGACCAAAAGCACAGAGAAAAGAGACGGCUGAAAGAGAAGUCUCUUCAUGACACAGAUGCUCAUAAACAUGAACGCAAAGACAGAGGGAAGAGCAGAGAAAGAACAACGGAGAGAGAGAGAUUUAAAUCUGGUGAAAGAGACAGUGAUAAAAUGAAAGAGAAAGAAAGGGGAAAAGAUCACCAGAGAGGAGAUCGAGAGAGAUACAGAAAUAAGCUUCGGGAGUCAAGUCUGGAGAAGGAAAGAUACAGUGUCCCCAAAUAUAAAGACAGGGAGAGCGAGAAAGAACGAGACAGAAAGCACAGAAGACAUGAGAUAAGGCAAACAGAUACACAAAGCAAUCUGAAGUCAUUUGAAGGAAGAGAUAAAGAAUAUCACAGGAGAAGAGAAAGUAGGCCUCAUUUGGAGGAGGAGAAAACAAGAAAUGAAGAGCGAGAAAGAAGACAUACAGAAAAGAAGGAUAAUGACACUAGAAAGAGCUUUGACAAAUUUUUAGGCUACAAAGUUGAAGGAAAAGAAAGGAUUUCAAAAGAGAGAAGUCAUAAACGUUAUGAAAAGGAAGAGGAAGGAAAACAUAAAUCAAGGAGAUCUAAAGAGGGAUCUUCCCAUGGAGACAGAGAAGAGCAACCAGCAGAAAUUAAUGAGAGGGUAAAAGGUAGAGACAAUGAAAGAAAGAAGCGUGAUCUAAUGGAAGUGAAAGAUACUCACGUCUAUAAUCCAGACACGGGAUUUGAUAACUUCUCAGCAAAUUACGAAGAUGAUUUUGAAGAUUAUGAAGAAGAUUUUGAUGAUGAUGAAGACAAAGAUGAUGAAGAAAGAGAUGCAGAAGAAAACAUGAGAGAGAUUCCAUUUUCCAAAACGUCAGAAAUCGAAGAAAUUCAAAGAGCAAUUAUUGCAGAAAAUGAUAGAAUUUGUACUUCACUGCCAAAGAAAAUUGAAAAUGAAAAAAAGGAACCAGUCAUGGAAAGGCAAUACCCUUCUGUCAGAAACUCUUUUCGUGGAAUAUUCAUGGGUUUUCAAAUGGCAAAUCAACGACAAAGUAGCCGAAGUAUGGCUAGUAAGCAGAAGAAACGGAGUUCAGAACUUCUCUCGCUAAUUGAUCUGGAUUUCUCAGUUAGUUUUUCUUUAGUGGAUUUGCCACCUGUAAAUGAGUACGACAUGUAUAUCAGGAACUUUGGCAGAAUGAACACUAAGCAGGCAUAUGUGCAGUGUAAUGAGGACAACCUUGAGAGAGACAUUCAGACUGAGGAAGUUGAAACAUCGGAGAAGUGGACACAGCACCCAGGAGAAACUGCCCUUGUAUCUGGAGGUGAAGAACUUUGUCCCAUAAACAGCCAGAAUAAGUCUGUGAGUGGAGCUCUAACACCUAAAAUUGAUUCACAGAGAUUAGCAAAUUUCCUGCGGUCUGCUUGCCAGGUGAUUGCUGUUUUGCUAGAGGAAGAUCAAAAUGCAACACAACCAAGGUGGAAACUAAGAUCUCAACAAACCAAUCUGUCUAUUAGCGAUAGCUGUUUCCAGUUAAAUACUAACCAGCCAUUCCUCCAUGACCGAAAAAUAUCCUGCCUGUAUGUCUCUCAAGUUCAGAGGCAGACACUGCUUUCUGUUCAUGGAUUACCUGAAAAGGCAGGCGUUGGUUUACUGAACAGAAAGAGCAUCAUAUGCGUUUGGAACAUCUGGCAGCCCUCCAGUCCUCAGAGAGUUUUAAUGUGUGACUCAGAGGUGAUAUGUUGCUGCUUUAGUCCCAAUAAAACAACAUUAGUUUUUGCUGGAACAAUAGAUGGUUCAUUGUUAUUGUGGGAUCUUCGAGAAGACUCAAGAAUGCACCCUCAUAUGAUGAUCAAUGAAACCGACUGGACAUUUAGAGUUCCAACAUUUUCCACUGAUGGUGUUCUAAACUCAGUAAGCCACAGCUCUCCUAUACUAGCAGUGGAACCUGUCUCAACCUCUCUCUACGCUGAUCAGAAUUAUGGGCUCUCAAGCCUCUCUUAUCGGGAGGAAAUGGCAGGUCCAGCAUUUCAGAUAGUUUCAAUGGAUGAAGAUGGAAUCCUCAAUAUGUGGGUAGUUGUUGAAUUACAGAAAGUGGAUUUAGCUGGUUCACAAACCGAUUUAGGUUUAAUUCCUGGAGGGAAGGUGAAGUUAGUACAUAGUUCUACUAUGGAAUUGAAUAACAGCCUUUUCCCAAAGGAUGUGCGUCCAAGAAUGCCACAAACACUGACUAUUAAGUUUCUGUCUUCUAAUCCUAAUCAUUUCAUUGUUGGAACAAACAUUGGGCUGGUAGGCCAUGGUACAAGACAUGAUUUAAAAGUUAUUCCAAAGCUAUUCAGACCUCAGGAGAGCGGACUGAGAUCAAUAAGUAUCAACGCAAUUGAUUUCUUCCCUUUUGGAAAGCCACUAUUUUUGGUUGGCUGUUCAGAUGGAAGUAUUAGAUUACACCAAAUGACAUCGGAGUAUCCCCUCAUGCAGUGGAAUGACAGCACCAGUGGGCAGCCAAUUAUUGCCCUGCAGUGGGCUCUAACAAGACCUGCUGUGUUUUUUGUCCUGGAUGCAUCAUCUAAUAUUUACAUUUGGGACCUUCUGGAAAAUGAUUUGCUGCCUGUGGCAAAGCAGACUCUUCCAUCGGAGAACAUUCUAACUAUGGCUCUACUGGGAGAGCCAGAAAAAACAAAUGGAUCACUGGGCCUUGCACUGGCCAAAGAAUCUGGAGAGAUAGACAUUCAGUAUGUAAAGAAGAAGUGGGCAUUAGCUCGACCUGAGGAGUCUGAAAAACUACAAUUGAUUUUAUUGCAGUCUUUCUAGAAACAGUAUACUUCUCUGGGUGUACAAAUUAUUGCAAAAUAUUUACAUUAUUUUUGACUGCACUUAAAAGAUUUGUUAUGUAAUUUUGUAUCUGUAUAUAUUUUAGAGAAUAUCAAUACAAUAUUUCAGCUGAAAUGAUGUAUUUUAUCAUAAAAAUGACAACUGAAUUUAGCGUUAUUGUACUCAAAGAAAUCAUGAACUGUGUUUCAUUAUUGAAAGUACUCUAGAUGUAUAUAGUUUUUUUUAAAAUACCGAAAAUAUAUUCUUAUAAAUUAC